AUGAAGGGCGAGAAAGAUGUUCUGGAUGUUCUGGAUGUUGUAGCUGCUCGACUGAACCAUCACAGCAAUCAUAGCAGCAUUGCUACUAUCGGUAUGAGACUGAUAAACGGUAUGAGUGCUGAUCUGGAAGGUAAAGACAUGGAAGUGGAAGCACAGAGAAGCAAACCACUCAUUGGUGACAUCACUACCAGUGACAACGAUCACAGCAAUAGUGUUUCUACUAACGGUAGGAUCACAAGUGCUGAUCUGGAUGGUAAAGCACAGACCACAAAACCACUCAUUGGUGACAUCACUGCCGGAGACAACAUCAACCCACGUGAUCAGUGUGUCCUGGGGGAUACCGGUACAGAAGCAAUGGUAAGGCCAGUAAAUUCGCAGCUAGAGAGAGCAGUUGUAGUUCAGCUAGAGAGUCUCCCUGGUGCCUAUGCUGUUGCUCCCACUCCUACUGGUAUCCCAGCAGAGGUGGAUACCAAUCGUGAUGUUUUAAUACAGCAAACAUCAGGCAGCAGUCAUACUGUAGCCCUGGACGAGGACCCCACUGCUGUUGAUGUUCCUAAUCAUAAUCAUGACCAUGACCUAGCAGUUGCAAAUAUGGUUCCAGAGGACACUCUGCAGUCCACAGUGGACCUGCCUCAAGCACAAGGUUUUGAUGCUGUCGAAUCGGACAGGAGGAGAGCCAGGAGGGCCAAGCAGUUCCAAACCAAGGUAUUUUCUGUAAGCUGUUUUGUUUUGAUUGUGAUUGUUGUCAUUCUGGUAGCAGUGGUUUUGACCCGAAGCAAAGAAGUAGAAUUACCCUCAGAUGACUUGGACUUGGAAGAAAAUGAUCUGGAACCUGCCACCGAGAUACCUUCUCCUGCCCCCACUACACUGCGUAGCAAUAUCCUCGCCUUGCUCCCACAAGACACCAUCACGAUCCUCAAGGAAGAUCCAAAGUCUCCCCAGUCAAAGGCAUUGGAAUGGCUGUUGGAAGAUGUACAGUAUCUUGCUCACUAUGAGGAUCAAAGAAUUGUACAAAAGUUUGCCUUGGUCACUCUCUUUUAUGCUACAGACGGCCAUAGAUGGACUACCAACACCAGCUGGCUCAGUCACCAUGUCCAUGAAUGCAACUGGUUCAAACAUCAAUCGUUCUCUCUCCGAGAUUUUCGAUCCAAAUUCUUCCCUGGAUACUUCAAAGAAUUCAAGAAUAUUUCCGGUGCUCCAUCCUGUCACAACGACACUGGUUUGUACCAGCAUUUGUGGCUAGAUCAAAACAAUUUAGUGGGAUCUAUCCCUGAAGAGCUCUUUCUCUUGACUUCCCUCAAAACUCUCUCCAUUGGGAGAAAUAGGAUUGAAGGAACCAUCUCUACAAGAGUGGGACAACUAGUUGUCCCACCUUCAAGGAUUGGUCAUUAA